UGUAACUUUUAAGUAGUCAGGCAGCCUCUGGGCUGGACCAGGUGGAGCUCAACAACCUCUCUGUGCCGGCGCCAGAGCCACUGCUACAGAGCAAUCCAUGAAGGCCGAAUGACCUCCAGGACUCUGGUUUUUCAAGACCUGCAGGAAAUGAGUUGUCACCGUGGCGGAGUCCAGCUUUCAGCAGUGUGGGAGGUUCGGCUGUGGUGAGCCAGAGACGGGGAAUGUUUGUUCUCCUUUGCUCCCUUGCCAAACGCCAGAGAAGGCACCAUCUGAGGCCAUUUUCAUAGGCUCCUGAUUCCAAUCACCCAGAAUGAAGGGAACAACAAGUUUCCCAACCCUGAGCCUGUGGCAUCCUGGGGUGGUCGGGAGCAGAGAGAGGCUGAACACUGAUCAUAAGCCCAAUGAUACGUAUUGCUACAGCACUGUCAAUAACACCAGUACUGUGCUCCAGGGAGUGACCUUUGGUGGAGUUCCUACUGUCCUGCUCAUAGAUGUCAGCUGUUUCUUGUUUUUAAUAGUUGUGUUUUCCAUAAUACGAAGAAGAUUUUGGGACUAUGGCCGCAUCGCACUGAUGUCAGAAACAGACAGAGAGUCCAGAUAUCAGAGGCUGUCUUCCUCUUCCUCAGGGCAUCACGACUUUGAAUCAGAUCUGGGGUGUUGUUCAUGGCUAACUGCUGUUUUCCGAAUGCAAGAUGAGCAGAUCCAGGAGUGGUGUGGAGAUGAUGCCAUACACUAUCUGUCCUUCCAACGCCAUAUCAUCUUCCUGCUGGUGGUGAUCAGCAUCUUGUCUCUGUGUGUCAUCCUGCCUGUCAAUCUCUCAGGCGAUUUACUGGAUAAAGAUCCUUACAGUUUUGGGAGGACGACAAUAGCAAAUCUGCAGACUGGAAAUGAUUUGCUCUGGCUGCACACCAUCUUUGCUGUCAUCUACUUGCUGCUCACUGUUGGCUUCAUGAGGCACCACACGCAGUCCAUCAAGUACAAAGAGGAAAACCUGGUGAGGCGCACUCUGUUUAUUACAGGGCUCCCCAAAAACACCAGGAAAGAGACGUUAGAAAACCACUUCAGAGAUGCCUAUCCCACCUGUACGGUAGUAGAGGUCCAACUAUGCUAUGAUGUCGCCAAGCUAAUUUAUCUGUGUAAUGAAAUAAAAAAAGCUGAGAAAAGCCUGAACUAUUACACUAACCUGCAGACAAAGACCGGUGAGAGCACGUUCAUCAACCCCAAGCCCUGUGGCCAGUUCUGUUUCUGUGACAUCCAGGGAUGUGAGAAGGAAGAUGCCAUCGUCUAUUACACCCAGAUGAAAGACAGGCUGCUGCAAAGGUUAUCACAAGAGGAAUGCACUGUUCAAGAUCACCCCUUGGGAAUGGCCUUUGUCACCUUCCAGGAGCACUCCAUGGCUACCUUCAUCCUCAAAGAUUUCAACGCUUGCAAGUGUCAGGGCUGCAGAUGCAAAGGUGAGCCACAGCCCUCAUCCUACAGCAGAGAACUCUGCCCGUCCAGCUGGACCGUUGCCUUUGCCUCCUAUCCAGAGGACAUUUGUUGGAAGAAUCUUUCUAUUCAGGGCCUCCAAUGGUGGUUCCAGUGGUCAGGCAUCAAUUUCAGCCUCUUCGUAGUAUUGUUCUUCCUGACCACUCCCUCCAUCAUUAUCUCCACCAUGGACAAGUUCAAUGUCACCAAACCCAUUCAUGCCCUAAAUGACCCAAUAAUCAGUCAGUUCUUUCCAACACUUCUUCUGUGGUCCUUCUCCGCACUGCUGCCUUCCAUUGUCUACUAUUCCACACUGCUGGAGUCCCACUGGACCAAGUCAGGAGAAAACAGAAUAAUGAUGAUCAAGGUGUACAUUUUCCUGAUCUUCAUGGUGCUGAUCCUUCCCUCUCUGGGUCUUACCAGUCUAGAUUUUUUCUUCCGGUGGCUGUUUGACAAAGCUUCCUCUGAGACCUCAGUGAGAUUGGAGUGUGUCUUCCUGCCUGACCAAGGUGCCUUCUUUGUGAACUACGUCAUCGCCUCAGCCUUUAUUGGCAACGGCAUGGAGCUUCUGAGGCUGCCUGGACUCAUUCUCUACACCAUCCGCAUGAUCAUGGCCAAGACAGCUGCCGACCGAAGGAAUCUCAAACAGCAUCAGGCUUUUGAGUAUGAGUUUGGAGCUAUGUACGCAUGGAUGCUAUGUGUUUUCACCGUCAUCAUGGCCUACAGUAUUAUCUGCCCCAUCAUCGCCCCUUUUGGUCUUAUCUACAUCCUCCUCAAGCACAUGGUGGAUCGACACAACAUCUACUUUGCCUAUCUCCCUACCAAACUGGAAAAGAAGAUCCAUUUUGCUGCUGUGAACCAGGCUCUGGCUGCACCCAUCCUCUGCCUCUUCUGGCUGUACUUUUUCUCCUUUGUGAGGUUAGGUUUCCGGGCGCCCACAAGCCUAUUCACCCUGCUGGCAGUGCUGUUCACCAUCGCCGUCUGCAUAGGCUACACCUGCUUCGGCUGCUUCAAGCACCUCAGCCCCCUCAAUUACAAGCUAUGGAACCAAAGUGCCAACUCCUCUUUUUGCCAACAGAUGUAUGUGCCUAGGGUCCUGAGCAGCUUGGCCUCGGAGAGGACUUCCCUGUCCCCACAUGAUCAGCAGACAUAUGGCGCCGUCCAGAACAUCAGCGGGACCCUCCCUGGACAGCACUCUCCAAAGCCUUCAGACUUUGCUCCUUCCUUGGAUGACUGAGAUAAAUCUAACCCGGGAUGAGCAUGAAUGGGGUGGAGCCCUCCAUCUGGCUCUGGGGAGAAGGAGAAGCUGGAUAGACACAGCUUGGUUUCCAAGCACUUCAGCUUUCUCCUUUUCUUUUGACUCAUUUUAAGCUCCAUUUUCCUAGUACAGGACAAGCCAAAUGGCUCACAAAGUCAGAGGUCUGCCUGAGAGGGUGGUUAAGGCUCCUGGCCCAAAUCGCUCGGUGGACAUCCACUAGAUGGCCAGUAGGAGGGGCAACCCCAGCUUUUUGGAUUCCCAUAGCCGCUUUUGAGAGGUUUUCCCUUCCAGUUCUGUCCCCUGGCAAUGCAGCCCCUAAGGUGCCAGCAUAUAUAGCUCACUGUCUGCAACGAAGUACUUUAAUUGAGGGUUCAUGUUAGCAUUGUGGCCCUGGAUAAACAAUCCAAGGGACUGGGAAUAAGAGACUGGGGCCAGGGCAGCCUGGAGCAGGAGGUUUUCUUUCUUCUGAGCCCUUGCACUAACAUGUAUAUCCAAGCACACACAUGUACACCAAAUACACAUAAUCCAAUUGUAUGCAAAGAGCCUUCAGGGGCAAAGGUUGCUGGGUAAGUUUCCAGGUCAGAGGAAGGAGACUGCUCUUGGUCCAGUCUUCCCUCUGCACCAUUGAAUUCCCACCUGUCAGGGAGUCCCAGUUUAUUUGGUGCUGGGCCCAGUCUGCUCAAGACCUUCCCGGUAGCUGCCCCAGCACCAGUGGUGAUGAAGGGGAAGGUGGUUUUAAGCCCAUCUCUUCUUGGGCUGAAUGCCAACUCCAUCCACAGCACCAUCGCUCCCUGCCUACGCCUGCCUUAUUGCUUGUGUUGGUUCUUGUGCUUUCCUGUUGCCUCAUGAUGUCAGUGACACUGACAGCCAGGUCAGCCAGGGCUGGUGUCAUGUGGCGCAAAGAUGAAGAUGAUGGUCCCUUAAUAAAGCAUGGAACAGAGAGUGCACAGGUGGCCAGGCCAGGUGAGGUUCUCUUUCUGACUUGACUCUCUCCCUGCCCUAUGACUAUUUGGGGUGUAAGACCUGCUCCCCCACAACAUACACCCCCCUACCUUUGGUAACUAGCUAUCCUGGUCCCUUUCAUCCUUCUGCCUCUCCAUCCCACCUCCCCAGCCAGGCAGCUGGUUGACUCAAUGUUACUGGAAUGAGCGCCUACUCUGGAAUGAGAUGACCUCAGCUUGAACCCAGCCAUUAAUUCAUUAAUUCAGCCAUGUCAUUAAUUACCUGUGUGACCUUGAGCAAAUCACUCUCUGGCCCACAUUUUCCAUAGCUGUAAAAAGGAAUUUUGAGACAAGAUGACCUCUAGGCCCCUUCCAAUUCUAAAUCUCUAAAUUACACCACUGCUUAGGUGAAUAAAGGGCAUCUUGCAUCUUU